AUGGACUAUCGUGCUCCUUGGGACUCCACCGUUUCUCUCUAUUUCAAGAAAAUUUCUCUUAAGAACUGGUCUCACAAGCAUUUUUACGAAAAUACCGAUAUCGUAGAUUUAGAACAGGCAACUCUUGUCUGGUAUAAAAACCUCUCCAUAAUAAGAAAUCUUCCCGGCUCAUUGCUCAGCAAUAAGUUGUAUGAUACGAUUAUAAAGAGAAAAAUGGCUGACACGCUUGCUGUCAAUGAAAAGAAGCGCAAACAGGCUGAAGACGAUGUACACACUAGCUCUGUCAUGACAUCUGCUGAGCUUCUGAAAGAUACAUUUGAGCACCAUAUAAUAAAUACAAAACAGAAACUGCAAGUGCCCGAAACCCAAACGCCUCGUUCGAACGUGGCCUUAACAAGUAGUUCUAUUGUUACAGAACAAAAAGUUAUAUUCUCGGAUAUAACCAACAAAGGGAAAAGUCUUGAAGAUGAACAUUUAUUUGAUGACGAAUAUGCAUUGUUUAGAGAAGAAAAUGAACCUACUCUAAUAGAUUCCAUAGAUGAUGAAAAUCUUCAAGACGAAUUGAAAUUACCUAAUGUCGAAUCAAUUAGCGUACGACAACUUUUAAAGGAGGAAUUGCGGGAAAAUUUUUAUAAAUAUCAAAAAAAGAUCCCGAAAAGUAAAAAAAUAGUCACUCCGGCUUAUUGGGGCGUCUUAGAUUUGACAAGAGAAACGAACGAACUAAAUGAUAGGUUAAUGAACAAUGCAUCUCAAUAUUUCGCGAAUAAAAUAAACUGGAAUCCGAAGUGUACUCCGUCAGUCCUUCAAGCCUAUUUUGACGGCAAUUGUGAAGAAAAGAUAGAUAAAUAUGAAACACUCCACGAUAACAUUCGGUUCAUUAAAUCAAACAUGAGUCAUUUUAAAAGAGAUUUAAGCGAGGAGGAAUUGAAAAUGACGACCAUGUUCCCUCUGUUUCGAGGAAUAUUUUCCUCAGGACUAGUAGAUGAUAAGUGGGGAGAGAUACAAUCGUUGGCUACGAACGAAGCUAGAAAUAAGACAAAUGACCCUUUGCAAAGAGCACGUGUCGGAAGAAAGGCUGAUAUGAGAGGUAUUUUAACCUGUGCACCCAUAAAGUUCGAGGUAUUAUAUGGGGAAGUAUCGGGAGGUUUGAUUCAACUUGGACUAUCAGCAUCAAGUAGGAAAAAAAGAUUUUUAGAUAAAGUAAAAUUAACUAUAAUGAUGAGAGAUUCUAUAAAUCGAGUCUUAGAUGAGUGGAAGAACCUAAAUGAUGAUGAAAGAUCGUCUUUAAUAAUAUUUGGUUGGACACAAGUAGGAUUUGAUAUAAAUUUAUAUGCUAUGAAUUGGGAGGGUAAUGGAAUAUAUUUGUUCGGUCUAGUUGAUAAGUGCAGACUUCCAACAGAAAGAGAUGAUUGCGGCAUUUUUGAAGACAUUUAUUGCAUUUUGAAAGAACUAGAA